UCUGAGGGUGACAAGUCAACACAUCUACUCCCCUAUAUAUAUAAGUCUGGUCAGAAGACACUUUUACCAGGGUUUCUUCUUACGCAGAGAGACAUACUAUUCGAGUGACACCAUGAAUAAGCUGCUGGUCAUCACUGUGUUGGUUGCUCUUCUUGCUCUCAGUGCUGAGAGCUUCCGUGUGCCAAGGCAAGCUGAGGAGGAGGAGCCAGGAACGUUCACCAAGCUUACAAACACAGUCAGCUAUUACUAUGACAGUGCCGUAGGCAGUGUCAGCGGAUACCUGGACAGCAUCAGGGGCCUAAAGUUGGAGGAGAAAAUGAGAAACGCCUACACUGACACCGUCGAAGUUUUGUCUACCUACUCUGGCGUUGCCAGUGACCAGAUAUACCACACCUUUUGGCCCCAGCAGUAAACAUGAACUUAUUUUCAAGGACCUCAGCUCCUUUUUCUGACAGAAAAGGGACUAUCAAGCUUCAUCCAAUGAUGUUGAAAUUUCCUUUCAAUAUUUCGGCCGUGCCUUGGCUCACGUGGAUCUAAAUCUCCAAACAGCUGCUGCUCUUUGAGUCUCAAAACUGAUGGUUUUGUUUCCUUUCAAAUCAUCAGACACCUGAAAAAUUUGAAUAUUUGUGUCAUAUCUGGAAAUAAAUAUUUAUAUGUUAAAAA